AUGUGUUCUAAAAAUGUACCAGCUUGUUUUUUUGGUGGCCACAAUAAACGUACACAGUUUGUCAGCCCUGAAGGCUUUCAGUUUUAUAUUAAAAAAAAGGGAUUCAGUUCCAAACUGGUACAGGAUGAAGACAUGAUCGUGUAUGCAGAGGCACUUUGGGACCAUGUAACUUUAGACUCCGAGGAGCUUGUGUUUAAGGCCGGAGAUUUGAUUACUGUGAUAGAUUCCAGUGACAGGGACUGGUGGUGGGGCCGGAUCUGCCAUCGCGCGGGAUGGUUCCCCGCUGCCUUUGUUAGGUUAUUAGUAAAUCAAGAAGAUCAUCAAGAAACUAGUAGUCACGACACCAGAACUUCAGGACCUGCAAGGAAACAGAGCAUCUCUGGUCUGUCGAACGACCAGAUUCGGACCAAUGUGAUAAAUGAAAUCAUAUCGACAGAGAGGGACUUUGUCAAACAUCUCAGAGAUGUGGUUGAGGGAUACCUACGGCAAGUGCGGAAGAGGCCGGAUAUGUUCAACGAUGAAAAAAUUUCCAGUAUAUUUGGCAACAUGGAGGCCCUUUACCAGUUCCAGAGUAACUUCCUCAAAGAACUGGAGAUGUGUAUAGACUGGAAGGAUCCCCAUAAAUCUUGUAUAGGUGCAGCUUUCAUUCGCAAUGUAAGUUGA